UUCCAAAACAAAUUUAGAUCAAGAUGGUGUAGGAUAAAAUAGACCGAUUAAAAAUAAACAUGCGCGGAAAGAAACAAAUUUUCUGGAAAUAUGUUUGUCCAAUAAUUUUGAUAGUUAUAUUGGUGCUCUUCAUAAAAUGGUGUCUAAAUAAACUGAAAUGCUUUCUUCGUAACAAUAGUCAGGGAGAUGUGACGCAAAUGUUAAAUAUUCCGCAGCACAAUUCCCUGUUAAAGUUUCAGUGGGAACUGACACAAGUUCGUGAUGUAAUCAAAAAGAUGUGCGCUGACAACGAGUUGUUGAAGAAAAACGUACAGUUCCAGUUCUGUUCAUUCUCCAAACAAUUCGCGGAUGAUAUGCUCUGCAGAAAAGCUUCUGUAUUGGACAAGACUUUCUCUUUCAUGACCUCAAGACAGGUUUCAGCUGAUGAAAAAUUUGAGCAAAUCUACAGCACAACAGAAAGAUUAAAGAGCGAAUUUUUGAAUUUCAAAGAUAAAUUUUUAAUUCUUCUCGAUUCCCUGAAAAGGGAUGAGGAACCAACAACGGAAUUCUCAUCCAGUUCUGUGAAAGACCUUCACAAACUGAAGAAAAUAUCAUGGAUAUGGAUAACCAAACCGAAGACCUGUUAUUUCAGGAUGGGAAUUUCUUAGAAUUUCUUAUUUCAAUUAAAGACGUCUUCAUUAAACUCAACUGUGAAAGGAGAAAGAAAGGAAAUAAAAUGCUGAAGAGUAUCUUAACUUGUAUUGAGCAAAAUCGUGAUGUCAUAAGAAAGGACGUAGCGAGAUUGUUGGAGGCUUUUCAGUACCACUUAACAGAAGGUGAAAGCCGAUUUUCCAUGUUGUUUCAAGCACAAGAGGUCGAAAAAAGUUUGCAAGAGACACUUAGACGCCUCGACCAACAACAGCUAGAGAUAGAAGCCAUCCACAACGCUCUAAAAUCCUUCAGCCAAAAGUUCGAUUACAUCAGUCAGAAAUCCAGCCUGGAGCAGGACUGGACAAAGUACGAUAAAGCUGCUAAACGUCUCAAAGAUGCUCAAAUAAAUCUGAUGAAUAUAACAAGUAAGAUGAAUAUUGUUACGAAAGUCCCUGUUGAAGAAAUUGCGAAGUUAGAAAGAAUUUUGGAAAAGUUCAGUCAUGUUGUGAAAGAUGGGAAGUUUACUUCUGACAUGCAUUCGAUAACACAGAAUGAACUAUCUACUCUUCCUCUAAAUCAGCUUUUUACGGAACUGAAUGAAAAACUGGAUCAUUUAUCUGUAAUGUUUUCUUCUCGAAACAGAGAAGAGUACUGGAUGCUGAAAUCAUCGGUAAAUCUGGACAUAGUGUUCGAUCUGGUUAACAGCGUAGCUGAUGCAUGCACUCAUCUAAUAAGUCAACUUUCAGACAGCGAAACUGCUUAUAAAAAUUGCUUGAUUGAUACAGAUUGUGAUGCACAAGGAAAUCAUGAAGAACAAAACUCUCCACAACUAGGAAAGGAACAACGGAACAUAAAUGAUACCGUUAAAUCAGUUGUAAAACGUGAGGAAAAGACAGGAAAUAUCCAAGAAUCUAAAGAGGAAAAUGUUCGGCAAGGAGAUAAUUUUCUUGAAAAUGCUACAAAAUUAUUUUAUUUUAUGAGAAAUCAGAAUAGACAAUCCCAAAAGGAAUCACCGAAUUCGCUUGCAGAGACAGAAUCCACAACAUCUAUAAGACUUUCAAAUGAAAAUCCCCAGGGAAAAGAAUGCGAAGAAUGGGAAACAAUUGCAUCAGAAACUUCACUUGGUGGCAUAUCUACAAGAAGAAACGUUCCGUCUCCAACUGAAACGGCCAUCAUCUACCCUCAAGAAAACGAAACUGAGGACUGGGAGACUAUUGCAUCACAAACGACUCUAAGCAGCAAGUGCACCAGACAAACUAGACUAGAUAUUAAUAAAUCCUAUCGCCAGUACCGCUCCAUAUUUUUUAAUCCAGUAUUAAAAUAUUGAAUUACAAAAUAUGUAAACUACUUUGUGCGUAUACUAAGUAAUAAAAUUUUUAUUCUUUGAA